GGAAAUGUAGGCAUUGACGUUCAGUAGGGCGCGUUCACUUGACUACAACGGCCCGUAUACAUUGCUUAUUGUGUAUAACUCAAUUGAGUGUGUUUACCAGUGAGCUAAUACCCAAUUUAUAGUUUCAAAAUGAAAAUCUCAAGCAUAGAUUGCCGCCGUCUGAAAAAAAUCAUCAGGAAGGAAUGUGGAAGCUGUCUGAUUGUGGAUUGCCGACCUUAUUUUUCUUUUUCGAACUCUAAUAUUAAAGGUUCGGUAAAUGUCAACCUUAACUCGGUUGUUGUCCGGAGGUCAAGAGGGGGGCCGGUACCUCUUCAGUUUGUCAUUCCGGAUGAAAAAGCGCUGUUACGGCUUCGAGAAGGGAGCAUAUCGGCCGUUGUGGCCGUGGACGAUCGGACACCUCAUUUGCAAAAACUGAAAAAGGACAGUAUCGCACAGAUUGUGAUAAACAGUCUCUCUCACCUAGCGAGUGGAGCAAACAUAUGUUUUCUUAAAGGGGGAUACGAGAACUUCCAGUCCCAGUACCCAGAACUCUGCACUGAGGUGAAAACCGUCGACCAGAGCGGAACUGAAACCGAAAAAAAAGUUAACAGCCAUUGUGAGAAGCUGGGCUCUUACCACAAACCAGAUUAUGAUCAGGGCAAGCCGGUGGAGAUCCUACCGUUCCUCUUCCUCGGCAGUGCCUACCACGCCUCCAGGCAGGACUAUCUCAGCGACCUGCGCAUCACCGCCCUGCUCAACGUCUCACGCAGGGACCUGAGGCCCGCCAAGGGACACUACGACUACAAGUGGAUCCCUGUGGAGGACAGCCACACGGCCGACAUCAGCUCCCACUUCCAGGAAGCUAUCGAGUUUAUCGAUCGGGUGAAGAUGUCCGGCGGCAAGGUCCUGGUCCACUGCGAAGCCGGCAUCUCCAGGUCGCCCACCAUCUGCAUGGCGUACAUUAUGAGAACUGAGCGGAGGCAGUUAGAGGAAGCCUUCGACAUCAUCAAGCAGCGACGCGAACUCAUCUCGCCCAACUUCAGCUUCAUGGGCCAGCUGCUGCAGUUCGAGUCCGAGGUCCUGUCCUCCACGCCCGCGGCCGUCCCCUCCGAGCCCGCCACGCCGUCCGGGUCACCGGUAGCGGCCUCGUUCUUCUCAGGCGACUUCGCUUUCGAUGACGACUUUGAGGCGUCGUCCGUUUUCGCCCUCCCUACCUCUUUCCUCGCCCCCCUUCCUCUCCAAUCACCAGUCCACCACCAGUUUAAACUGAGCCCAAUAACUGCAUUGCCUUAAGAAAAGAAGAAAAUAAACACCACCACCAAUAGCAACAUGUGACUGCUUUUAGUCUCAAAUUUACUUGAAAAAAAUGUAGGAAAUAGAUUUUAGAAUUUCUCUAUGUGUCUGGUGUUGAAGCCAGAGGUUUAGUGGGAUUGACUGGAGAUGGACAAUAAGAGACUUGAAGAGAGAAGUCACUUGACAGUGUUCAUUCACGGGACUUGUUUGUGUUGUGAAAAGUCAAUGAGAUAAAUAGGCAAAAGCCAAUGAUGCUGCGCGUCUGUUUGACUUAGAGAGUUGAACUACAGCACUGCGAUACACUGCAAUACAUGCCUUAGGUUGAUAUUGUGAUCUUCUGCCUAUUCACAAAGCCUGUCGAGGCAUUUUAACUUAUUUGAUAAUUCUCGUCUGUCUAUCUGUUUGUCUGUUUCUUUUUUCAAUAAUUGUGUGGAUGUCAAUAAAUGUUUCCACCAAAAA